CACACACACACAUAUAUAUACAGAGAAAGGUUAGUUUUGAUCGAGGAGCUGAGCUAGCUAGGAUGCGAAGGGGAACAGUAGACCCUUUGGUGUUGGGGCGUGUGAUCGGAGACGUUGUGGAUCCAUUCACGAGGUCCGUUGAGCUUAGGGUGGUUUACAAUAACGAGGUGGAUAUCAGGAAUGGGUGUGAGAUGAGGCCUUCUCAGCUCAUCAACCCACCUAGGGUUGAAAUCGGCGGACACGAUCUCCGUACUUUCUACACUCUGGUUAUGGUGGAUCCUGAUGCUCCAAGUCCAACCUCUCCAACCCUGAGGGAAUACCUCCACUGGUUGGUCACUGAUAUACCAGGAACUACAGGAGCAAGCUUCGGCAAUGAAGCGAUAUUCUACGAGCCUCCAAGGCCGUCAAUGGGAAUCCACCGUUUUGUGUUUGUGCUUUUCCGGCAACUUGGCCGGCAGACAGUUUAUGCACCGGUUUGGCGCCAGAAUUUCAACACUCGAAACUUUGCUGAGAUUUACAAUCUUGGUUUGCCAGUGGCCGUCACUUACUUUAACGGCCAAAGGGAGGGUGGCACCGGCGGUCGAUCUCCGGCAGAGCCCUGGGCAGCCGAUUAAUUACCCUGCUCCUUCCCGUUAAUUUCAUGCAUGCAUGCAUGCUAUCUAUAGCAUAACAUACAUAUAGUAUAUAUCAUAAAUAAAUAAGACCACAUGCAUUAACAUGUUUAAUUUUCCCAUGAAUAUAUGUUAAAGUUGUUCUAGAAGAACUACGUACUCCAUUAUAUUACCCUUUAUAUAUGGCAAUGAAGAUGGUUUCAUCUCUAUUUAGAAGCUAA